AUGGAAGGUGAAAGUAAUAAUAUUUCUGAUUCAAGACUCAUGAAAGGUGUUCUGAACGAACAUAACGGUCAGGGCACUAAGGGUAACACUGAAUCUUCAUUUAAGCAACUUUUUCAAAAAGUGCUUACUCCGAAUGAUGUUGGAAAUAAAAUGUUUGUGAUCCCCAGGAGAUAUGCUAUAAAAUACUUUUCUCACAUCCAACAUAAUGAAGAGAUUGACUUCUAUGAUAGCUCAAGAAAUUCAUGGAAGUUUAGGCUUUUUUACUGUCAAAGCAGUAAAAAAUUCAGCUUCACUAAGGGUUGGCACAAAUUUGUUAAAGCUAAAAGCUUAAGCGCCAAAGAUACAAUUGUUUUCAACUUGUAUGAAUUCAAGAAUGGAACAAAUGAGAGUUGCAAUACCUUUGUGAUUGAUGUGGUGAAGAAUGUUGAAGGUUUGCCAAUGGAUUUAGCACUCAAUCAUGAUGCUGUUGAUGUUGAUGUUGCUUUGACACCUGUUUUGCUUUUUGGAAAGCAAAUAGGUUGGACCAAGACAAAAAGCGGAAAUGAAGUUUAA